AUGACGAGUCUCAUUUGGAAGGGAUAUCAUGCAACGCUCGAAUCGCACCAUCUACGCGACCUCGCGAAUGGCCUCAAGUCUGCAGACCUUGCCUCAUCGUUCCGCCAAUCCACGCCUUCAACUAUUCCGCUCCUCGUGCGGCUGCUCAGACACUUCAAAGAAGAGAUUCUGCUGCAAGGGCUUUGGGCAGCAAUCGCGAGCGUCACAGUCUACGUCCCGGUGCAUCUGCUUUACGGCAUCCUCAGAUACUUGGAGGUUCCAGAUGCGACACCUUCGAGCAGAGCAUGGCUUCUCGUGGCUGGUCUGCUCGUCUCGGGCCUUGUGUCUAGCCUCGCUCACGCUCAGUGCGAGUGGACUGGUCAGAAAACCGCUGCAAAGCUCAAGUCCACUCUGAUCGGCGAGCUUUACGCCAAAACAUUGCGUUCGACGCAGCAAAUCAAGAGCGGCAGCACCGUCGUUGACCUCGUUUCUGUCGACGCAAUUGUCAUCAGCGAAGCCAGCGCCCACCUGCAUCUCUUUUGGGCGAGCGUUCCCGGCCAGCUCCUCGUGGCAAGCUGGACGCUGUAUAGUAUCAUGGGCGCAAGCGGCGUUGUCGGCGUAUGCUCCUUGGUUGCGCUACUUCCCCUGCGCUUUUACAUGUCGAAACGCCGAACUGUGGCCCUGCACCAGGCAUCGGGGGCUGCGGACAGUCGAGGAAAGAUGACCACAGAGCUCCUCGCUGGUGUUGAACUCAUCAAGUACUAUGAGUGGGAAUCCUGCUUUCAUGGGCGGGUGUCGAGAUCUCGGCGAGCCGAACUCGCGAAGUUGAGGUCAGGGUUCGCGUGGUGGUCUGCACACACGACAGCCUGCUGCUCCGCGCCAAUCAUCGCAGCGCUGGUGACCUUUUUCUUCUAUACCGUCGUUGCUGGACUCCCGCUUCAGAACUCUGGUGCCUUUCCGGCCCUCGCGGCGUUUGCCUUUCUGCGCGUGCCUCUCGAGCGAGCGUCGGACAUGGUCUUGGUCACACUACAAGCAAACGCGUCCUUGGGGAAGAUUGAUAGGUUCCUAGGCCAAGGCCAGCGAGACACAAACGUUGCAAUUUCUCACACUCGAGACGCCGGCUACACCGAAAAUGACCCUCUGGUGGGCUUGGAGCCUCCACCACUCUUCCGGCUCAGCAAUCUUCAAAUUGCAUUUCGCCCCGGGGGGCUGAACGUCGUUUGCGGACCACGAGGCUCGGGCAAGUCGUCUCUUCUGCUGGCCUUGCUAGGAGAGAUGGAUUUGGUCAGCGGGCGUGUUCACUCGCCCGCGGAAACCAGCAUUGCAUACUGUCCGUCAAAUCCCUGGAUUCAGAACAAGACAAUACGAGAACAAGUCACGUUUGGCCUCCCGUUCGACUACCUGCGGUACAAGACGGCGCUUGAGGCCGUUGCCUUACUGUCAGAGCUGCCCACGCUCCUCCGGGGAGACCUGACACUGGCGGGAGAGAAGGGCUCUCGUCUUUCCGAUAGCCAAAGGCGGCGAGUCGCAAUAGCCAGGGCUCUGUACAGCCGGGCCCAGUGCGUCCUGCUCGACGACUGCCUUACUGGGCUUGAAGCGGCCACUGCGAGACACGUACUGGUCCACGCCAUCAAGGGACCGCUCAUGCGAGGUCGGACUUGCGUCCUCGCAGCUCAACAAUUCCGGAUGCUCAUGCCGUAUUGCGACUACGCAGUCUGUUUGGCCGAUGGAAAGGUCAGGUAUCAAGGUAGUCCUGCGAGACUAGUCGCUGCUCGCGUCCUCCCGUCGGAUGUCCUGAUCGACGCCACGGGCUUGAAUACCGACACUGGGAACGAAACCAGGGGAGCGACACAAUCUCGGAAAUUUGGAAACAGAAGUUCUGAUCAAUUCGUGUUCAAGAAUUUUUCAAGGGCUCCGACAAGGAGAGAAAAGGAGUCGGAGGCCAACCAAGACCGAGAGGACGAGUCAACUGUGGCAUUCAGCUGGCCCGCCAUCAAGCUCUACCUCUGUUCCAUGGGACGCGGCCCCUACUGGCUGCUGACCCUGUGCGCCUUCGUGGCUCAGCCGCUGAUGCGCCUUGGGCUGAACCUGUGGAUUGCGCAGUGGGCUCGGCAGACCAACGAGUCUGUUGGUCCGAGUCGGGGAAAGGGGACAUACUACGUCGGCAUCUACGGUAGCAUGACCAUUGUGAUUGCUCUCAUGUCACUCAUGCGCGACGCGAUAGCGUUUCACGGCGCGCACAAGGCCUCGGAGAGGAUUCACGACCGCCUCUUGUCGGCGAUACUUGGCGCCAAGUUCAGCUUCUUGGACCGAACUCCGGUCGGGCACAUUGCCUCCCUUUUUUCCAAUGAUGCCCAAGUCGUCGACCGAGAUCUGGCACUGUCCUGCGUCGGCGCCCUCCAGCUGGUUGCCAAUAUGGUUGUGGUCACGACCUUUAUAUCGUUCGUGCUACCAGUCUUCCCACUGGUGGCUGCCCCCAUUGGCUUGGCCUACUCUGCUGUCGGCGCCUUUUACAUACGCCUAACCCGCCGUCUUAAUCGGAUCGCGGCCACUAAGCGAUCGUCUGUGUGCCAACACAUCCAGGAGACGCUGGCCGGAAGCGUCACUGUUCGUGCAUAUGGCCAGGUUUCGACGUUUGCUAUUCAAGGCCACGACCUAACAGAUCAAGAGAGCCGACCGACUGUUCAUCACGCCGCUGCCCGAGAGUGGCUGGUGUGCCGCGUGGCCUGCCUCAGUGCCGUGACGUCGUCCAUGGCAGCGGCUUUGAUCCUCUGGGGCAGAGAAGGCUAUGGCGUCAGCGCAGGCGCGGCCGGUCUUGUCCUGACCUUUUCCAUGACCUACACCGACAACGUUCUUGGAUUUAUCCGUUUCUGCUCGCAGAGUCAGCGGGGCCUUGGCUCCCUAGAACGCAUCAGGGAGUGCACAAACGCCGAGCGAGAGCCUGUGGAGUCGAUCAAGGAGCUUCGGGUGCCGACAUACACUUGGCCGCAGCGGGGAAGCAUUCGCUUCCGCAACUAUUCGACCCGCUACGGGUCAACGCAGGGGCUCGUCUUGAGAAAUCUCGACGUGAGGAUAGGAGGGGGUCAGCGCGUCGCCAUCGUCGGCCAUAAGGGGGCCGGCAAGAGCACCAUGGCCAUGGCCAUGAUCCACCGACUCGAGGCAGCAGGGGGCUUGGUCGAGCUUGACGGUGUCGACAUUGCGUCCCUCAAGCUCAGUCAGCUACGCCAGCUGUUGACGGUUGUCCCCAAGGAUCCAUGCCCCGCGCUGUUCAGCGGCAGCGUGCGCGAGUGUCUCGAUCCUCAGCUGCGUCACACCGACGAGCGCAUAUACGAAGUAAUGCAGAGUCUCCGGCUGUCUCGCAUCAUCCCUGUCGGCUUAGACGAGGUCGUACCAGCCCUGACGCCAAGCCAGCGUCAGCUUUUGUGCAUCGCUCGUGCCAUUUUGCGCGAGUCCAUCGUCAUCGUGCUUGACCAAGCAACCGAUGGCGUGGAUGCGGAAGCCGAAGACUUUGUGCAGGCGGCCCUGCGAGAAAUCAACGUCGCGGGCACGACCGUCGUAACCAUUGCGCACCGGCUCGUAUCCAUUGCCGACUACGACAGCGUCGUCGCCCUGUCCGCCGGGACCGUGGCCGAGGAAGGCCCACCGGAGCGUCUCCUGGACAAAGACGAAACGCGGGAUCCCAGCGCCUUGUUCCGGAACAUGUGCGUCCAUUCCGGCGAGCUGCAGCUCAUUGAGCGGACCGCGGGCCUGAGGACAUAG